UGGACCCUUGAGACUGAAAAGCUGUUUCAAUGGGUGAUGCCGGGACAUAUAUCAAGACUCAUCAAGCUUUCCAAUCGUUAUCAUCUCACGCCAUCCUCCCUUCCGACAACAGCGUUGAGUGUGUUCGGGGCCUUAAGUGAAAACCUUUCCUGUUCGUUGCGCCUCCCGAUAUGGUCAACUGGCAAGAUUCACAAGUGAUCGAGGACUGGAGCGCAGUUCUCGUCGAUAUUACAUUUGUCAUGCUAGGAUUAUACGGAUGGAGUUACAUAAAUUCCUGCCAGGUUGAAAGUGCUCUACUUCGUCGCCAGCUUCCAUUUCGAUGGCGAAUGGUUCCCUAUUUGAUCGGUCGGACGUGCUUUCUCGUGACUCUUAUACUCUCCUCCGUGACCAGCGUCGCCAUCCCGUCCCAUAUGGACUGCUAUUACGUGUUGAAAUUCCUGGCGUUCUCGUGUAAUAUCGUUGUGGUUUGUACAUCCAUGAACCUUGUCAUCCGGACAUGGACUGUUUGGAAGACCAACCGUUUUGUCUGUCUGUUCAUGGGGCUCAUAAUUGUAGGACACUGGUUCAUGAUGAUUCUUAACUCAAAAGAAACAAAAAUCUCAUCAUCACCUCCAACUUCCGAAUUCUGCGGAUUCAUGAUUGUGAAUCCCAGAUAUUCAGCUGCUACGUCCCUGUACACUACGAUACUAGACUUUGUACUCUUGAAACUGGCGAUCUUCGGCUAUUGGCGCUCCUCGUCAUUGUCUCUCGUCACGAUCAUCCGUACCCAAGGCAUCAUCCUGUAUUUCAUCGUGUUUUUUGCUAGUGUCCUUCCGGCCAUCUUUUCUUGGCUGAACCUCAAUUAUGUCAUGAAUUUGUUCUUUGCUUGGCCUGCGACUUGUGUCAUGACGAUAGCAUCAAGCUACGCAGUGAUUCCAACAUUCCCCACGCCUCAGAGUACAAGCCACAGGGCUCCCGUGAAUGCGACGGUGGAGAAAUCAAACGUGCGGAUUGUGAAUGCUGUUUUGUCUGAGUGACCACGGCGGGCGGUUUUUCGGCUUAGUUUGGUUAUGAAGAGAUAGUGUUGGAUUCGAUCGGGUGGGAAGGUGUUGUAGUACUUACUGCGUUGCAAGUCUUGUACUACCCAAGUCCAACCUUUAAACAUGGUUCAUGCAACGUUCACAGCACCUUCAAGUUCUUGCUGCGGCGUCGCCAAAACCGAUAUUCCACUCAAAUAAAUCAAAUAAGAAAAAAGGCAAGGAAAGUCUAAGCAAAUACGAUGUAUGUAUGUAUGUAUAUAGCCAACCAUAAGACGAGUUGAAGUGAGGUAUGAUAUGAUACAUGCGUCGACGGAGCGUGAGGGUGCGCGUACUA